AUGAUCAAGAUUGUCAUUCUCUCUUCUGUCGCCGUUUUGGCUGUAUUCGCUGGAUACGACGUCCCAGCUGUCGCUAGCGCCCCAAGCA